GACAACCAGGCCCUCCGUACAUGUCUCCAGGACGUGCUCUUCCCCCUCGCCCGGGCUGCCAAUGCCAUGCAAAAGUCGACCAAGAAGGACAAGAGAACGCUCGAGUCGAAUGCGAAGAGAGCCUAUAAGGAAUUGAAAGAGUUCGAGGCUGCGGGCAGGAACGCCGAGGCUGUGAAACGAGGUACCCGGAAUCUCGGUCAGGUUCUG